AUGACUACGACAUUAUCUAAUGCUGGAGAACUUCGUGAACAAGGAAAUCAAGCAUUUAAACAAGGACAUUUUCAAGAAGCAAUUGAUCGUUAUACAGAUGCAAUAAAUAUUCUUCAUGAUCAACAAUUAAAUGAAACAAUUAGAAAUGAUUUAACUAAAUGUCAUAGCAAUCGUUCACAAUGUUAUAUUAAUUUAGGUCAAUAUGAAGAUGCUGUUGAAGAUGCAACAAGAGCACUUGAGUAUACACCUGCUGAUCAAAAAUCAUUGUUUCGUCGAGCAAAUGCUUUUGAACGUAUGGGAAAAUUAAAUGAAGCUAUAUCCGAUGCUCAACGAUUAAUGUCUGUUUCAUCAAAAGGCGGAUCUCCAGAUGAACAAACAUAUAAUCUUUUACGAAAAUUACGUGAAAGUGCACAGAGCAAAAUUUCACAACAAACACAAUUAAAUAAUCAAAUUCAACAAAUGUUUGAAACUAUUAUUUCUAAAUCAAAUCAACAAGAAACUGCAAUAAAUAAUCUUGUUGUUGUAUCACGUGAUACUCCUGGUGCCGAAGCAAUUCUUAAUUAUGAUAUUGAUCUAAAACAUAUGAAAGAGUUUAUUCAACGAGAUGAUCGAACUUCUGUUCUUGGUACAUUGAGAAUAUUGGCUGCAAUUGUUAAAAAUUCAUAUAGACGAGCUGAAACAGUUUAUAAUAAACUUGGUUUGAAACCAAUUGCUCGUUGUUUUGCAAUGAAUGAUGCAGAAAUACCAACAAAUGCAUCUAUAUUAAUUAGUAAUAUGAUUAUGUCAAUAUGUGAUUUUGAAAAUCGACGAAAAGUUCGUAAACCUGUUAAUGUUUCAUACAAUUUUGAUCCAUAUGUUACUGAAUUUAUUAAUGAAACAUUUCGUAUGUUACUUGAUUUAAUUGAUGAUAAAACAUGUUCAGGUAUUGGACGUGAUUGUUGUCUUGAUCUUAUUGUUAAAUAUGUUGAUAAGGCAAGUGGUUGUGAUUGGACAAGCAAAUUUAUUCUAUCAGGUGUACCCAAAGUAUUACGAGUAGCAUCAACAGUACCAAAUUUACCUGAUACUGAAAAAAAACAAUAUCCACUAACAGAACAAACUAAAAUGCAUAUAUCAUGUGUUUUAAGUACUGUUUAUCAUGAUUUAUGUUCGGAUAGAGAACGUGAAAAUUUCAAUAAUGAAUGUAUGGAAUUUAUCAAAGCGUUACGUGAAAGAGAUGAUGUUCAAUCACGCAUCCGAACAAUAGCUGCUUUGUCUGUUUUACUACAAGGCCCUUUUGAUACCGGAAAUGCUAUCUUAGGUAGUCAAAAUUUAGUAGACCUUAUGAUACAAAUGGCUGGUUCAGGUGAUCCUUUACAAGAACUUAUUGCAGUUGAAGCUAUUGUUUUAUCAGCUUCAAAAAAAGAUAAAGCUGCUGGUAUUUUAUCAUUAGGUUCAGAAGUUCUCAAAGAUCUUUAUCAAUCAGCUAAUGAACAAAUAAAAGUUAUUGCACUUGUGGGUUUAUCUAAAAUUGCAUCAAGUAAAGGUACAGAUUCAAGUGCAAAUCUUGUUACUGAAGGUUCAUGUCAAACACUUGCUCGAGCAUGUUCCAAGUUUUUAACUACAAGUGGAAAGUUCGAAAUUCGUCGUUGGGCAGCUGAUGGUCUUGCUUAUUUAACUUUAGAUGCUGAUGUUAAAGAAGAAUUUGUUGAUAAUCUUCCAGCAUUAAAAUCACUUUUUAAUUUAUGUCAAUGUGAUGAUGCACAUGUUCUAUAUUCAAUAACAACAAUAUUUGUUAAUUUAACAAAUACAUAUGAUACACGAAAACCAGAAAAAGAAAUGACUGAAUUAGCUACCUAUGCUAAACAGCAUGUACCUGAAGAAAAUCCUAAAGAUGCUAAUGAAUUUGUUGAAGAACGUCGUCGAAAAUUAGUUGAAGCUGGAAUAAUACCUGUUUUAGUACAAUUAUGUAAACAUAAAAGUAGUAAUUGUCGAGAACAAGUAGCACGAGUUUUUCUUGGUCUUUGUGAAAAUGAAAAAUAUCGAGGACCUAUUGUUGCUGCUGGCGGAGGAAAAUCUUUACUUCCACUUGCCUUGGAUGGUACACCUGUUGGCAAAACUAAAGCAGCUCAAGCAUUAUCUAAAAUAGCGAUUACAACUAAUCCAGAAAAUGCUUUUCCUGGUCAACGUGUAUGUUAA